AUGUUCAGCCGCUUGGAAAAUAUGCCACCAACGGACGCAGAAAUCGCUACGCAGGUGCUGGCCGACGAAUACAGCUACCGUUUUCCAUCUUUCUCCGCGUCCGACGCAGUUACACUUGGUCUCUCAAUAAGAAAAAGGUUCCGCGGGUCCUCUCGUCACAACAAGGGCAAGGGGAUGGUGAUAUCCAUACAAACCAUUGCUGGACAUACGCUGUUUUCGUGCACUGUAGGAGAUCUGGGCCAUGAGUCAGGAAUCGGUGAUGUCAGCCUCGAUAGUUGGGCGUGCGUCGAGGGGAUGAUCAACUGCGUAAAACGAACGGGCCACUCGAGCUACUAUGUGGAGAAGGGGAUGGGUGCGAUGGGAAAAACACCAAAGCAGCUGGGUAUACAGGGCGCGGAAUAUCGGAUUCACGGUGGAGCUUUUCCUAUAUGGCUGGAGAAUGCGCAUUGCUGUCCAAUUGCUGUUGUAGCUUGCUAUUCGGGCUCAUCGCAGGACGACCACCAUCUGGUUGUAAAUACCGUCCGAGACUAUUUAAACAAAAUCAUGCGAAACAGCGGUUCUGCGUCGGGACCUUCGAUGCCUAUCCCUUCGGUUCCCAACCGCGAGAGCCAUGUGAGUAGAUUCGCCGCCAUGUCACCCGCCGCCAUCCUCAAAUCCCUUCACAAAUAG